GAAGUUAGCCCCAACAACCGCGCUGGUUGCAAGGCCACCGAUUGCAAGGACAAGGGUGUCAAGAUUUUGAAGGGCGAGCUUCGCCAAGCCACUCAAAUCACCAUUCAUGAGCAUCAGAGUUGGGUCUACCGUCACUGGGGAUGUGUCACUCCAAAGCAACUUGAAAACAUGAAGGCCGAGUGCGGCAUGGACAUGGAAUACGUCGAUGGCUACGAUGAGCUUCCUCAUGAAUUCCAGGAAAAGGUCUACCGCGCUCUUGACCAAGGUCACGUCGACAUGGAAGACUGGAAGGGCGAUCCCGAGUACAAUGUCCCUGGAAAGUCCGGCACUGGUCCAAGAAAGACCAAGAAGCAGAAGGAAGCAGAGGUAAUUCUUACAACCAUCUCAUCAUCAUGG